AUGAAUGUGCUUCAGAAGGCAAAGAAUUUCUACACCCAGCACCAGAACGUUCUGGGUUACAGCACCGUGUCCCUGGCGACUGUUGGCAUAGAGCAAAUCUUCUCAUCUGUGGUGUUCCAGUGUCCCUGCAAUUCUGCUUCUGAGAACAUGCUGUAUGGUCUUUCCUUCCUCUUAGCACCUGCCUUCAUCCUCUUGCUGAUCGGCUACAUGGUGAAUGCCAAGAUGUGGCUUCUGUUGACAGCUGCCAUCAUGACCCUUUUUUUUCUCAAGCUCUUUGGAUGGCUCCUGAUAGCUGCCAUCAUGACUGUGGCACUGAUUUCAACAUGUUUCAGCCACUGCUGCUCCACAACCAGCUAUCUUCAGCUCAAAUUCUGGAAAAUGUACUCAAAAACAGAACGUGAACUCUUUGAGACCAAAGCCAAAGAACAUGCAAAGAAUCUAGCAGAAAGAAAUACUGAAUGCUUUUUUGAAGCCAUCGACCCAGCACCAUUUCAUACUCCCAGCAGAGAAAACUGGCAGAAGAUUUCAAUCUUGUACACCUUUAAUUCACAAGAGCAGUAUUACAGCAUGUUACACAAGUAUGCAAACACCAACAUAUACAAAAGCACCAAAUUCAAGAAAGAGGGUCAGGAUCACACUGUUUCACCAUUUGUGGAAGAAGCCCAGGCAGAGUUCUAAUGAAACAAAUCCUUC